GCAUCCAGAUGUACCUCUGCAACAGAGACCACUAUGGCUACCUGCCCAUCCCCCUGAAGCCCCAUCAGACGCUGCAGGAAGACAUCGAGAACCUCAUCCACGUGCAGAUAGAAGCAAUGAUUGACCGUCCUCCAAUGGAACCCUCCCAGUUUGUCUCAGUUGUUCCUAAAUAUCCAGACAAGAUGGGAUUUGAUGAGAUUUUCAUGAUAAACCUCAAGCGCAGAAAGGACAGGCGGGACCGGAUGCUGCGCACACUGCACGAGCAGGAGAUUGAGGUCAAGAUUGUCGAGGCUGUGGAUGGAAAUUAUAUUGGUAGGAAGAGGAUGCAAGUAAAAGAGCCAGAGAAGGCAGUGCCCAAUGUGCUAAAUCUGGUCGAAGCUGACUAUUCCUACUGGACCCUAGGCUACGUCAUCUCUCUGGAAGGAGCACAGAAGCUGGUUGGAGCCAAUCCUUUUGGGAAGAUGCUGCCAGUGGACGAGUUUCUGCCCAUCAUGUACAACAAGCAUCCUGUAGCCGAGUACAAGGAGCAUUAUGGAUCCAGGGACUUGAAGGCCUUCUCCGCAGAGCCCUUGCUCAUCUACCCCACACACUACACAGGCCAGCCGGGGUACCUGAGUGACACGGAGACCUCGACCAUCUGGGACAAUGAGACAGUGGCCACCGACUGGGACAGGACACACUCCUGGAAGUCCCGGAAGCAAGGUCACAUCCACAGCAAUGCCAAGAACACAGAGGCACUGCCGCCGCCAACCUCCCUGGACACUGUGCCUUCGAGGGAUGAGCUGUAAAGGCUUCCUGGAAGCGUGACCCACGCCGGUUCAUCAUCCUUUGGUUUUUCUAAAGGGCUACUCAUCUGUUUGCUCCAGUUCUUUUCUCCCCCAGUGGUCACAGUCAUCUAACCCGAGUGGUCUGAUGUGAUUGAUCAAAAUUAAUAUAUUUUUGACAGUGGAGGGGAAUAGGGA